GCAGCAGGUGCUCUUACCCGGUUACCCCGGAAGAGUUGCAGUUCGCGUCAUCGUCUUCCUAAGUAACAAUCCCCCUGCUGGUGACCGCCAUUUUCCGCGGAGUUGCAGUGGAAAGUCGCUGUGUUGUUCUGUCAGGCAAAUUGCUGUCACGUUUGUAUUCGCUUCGUUGCUUCCAUCGAGCAGUGUACGGGGAGCUGGUCACAGUCUGGCAUCUCCAGGCUAAUGUGCGCCCCUAGCCGGGAGGAGCAUGUACCCUAACUCCCCCAGCCUGGGCCGCAUUCCACUUCCCCUGCCCUGUGCCCGGCAACAACAGACUUCCGCUUAUCUCAGCAAAGUGCCAGUGAGUGUGGCCCCGGACCUGCUGAGCCCAGAGCAGUUUUUCCAGGCUUCUCUCAACAUCCACAAAAAUGCCAAUCUUCCUAGAUUGCUGAUGAAUGGCAAUGUGUUGACUGUACCCCCUUUGUCAUCACCACCAUGGUCGUACUUGAAUCACAGCCCUUUGAUCUCUCCUGGAUCCCCUCCAUCCUCAUUCCAGAACAGAAAAUUACCAUUUUUACUUAGACAAAUCCUCCAUAUUGAAUCGUUAAUACGGAGGAGAAGCGACGAGGGAAACAGUCCUUAUGAUGUGAAAAGACAAAGAUUUCAGUCUCCACAAGAACAAACUGUAAAUCACCAAGCAGUGCCUUUAAGAGGUGACAUCAGAUGUUCAUACCCAGGAUCUCCAGCGUUCCCGUUGCUGCAGUCGCCAUCACCUCCAGUUUUAAAAGGACAUUCUUCAAAUUCAGGGGAUUGCUGGUUAUAUGACCACAUAGACACCACUUUGCCUGUUGCUAAAGACAAGCUGAGCAAGCAGAUACUGGACUUGUUUCAAGCAUUGCAACAGCAGGUCUGUGACUUAAAGAAAAAAGAUAUCUGUCGAGCAGAACUACAGAGGGAAAUUCAGCAAAUAUUUCCACAGAGCAGACUUUACUUGGUUGGUUCUUCCCUUAAUGGAUUUGGAAUAAGAAGCAGUGAUGCAGAUUUGUGCCUGGUUUUAAAAGAGGAGCCAAUGAACCAGAAUACAGAAGCAAGGCAUAUACUCAGCUUACUCCACAAACACUUCUACACUAGACUAUCAUAUAUUGAGAGACCUCAGUUUAUCAGAGCAAAAGUGCCAAUUGUGAAAUUCAGGGAUAAAGUCAGUGGUGCGGAGUUUGACUUGAAUGUAAACAAUGUUGUAGGAAUCCGAAACACUUUCCUUCUCAGAACCUAUGCAUACCUAGAUAAACGGGUCCGACCGUUGGUACUGGUCAUUAAAAAGUGGGCCAACCAUCAUGGAAUAAACGAUGCCAGCCGUGGUACUCUGAGCAGCUACACUAUAGUUUUAAUGGUUUUGCACUAUUUACAAACCCUACCUGAACCUAUUCUUCCAUCUCUACAGAAAAAAUAUCCAGAAUGCUUUGACCGAACUAUGCAGUUGCACCUUGUCCAUCAGGCUCCUCGUAAUAUCCCUCAGUUCCUCUCCAAAAAUGAAACACCUCUAGGGGACCUGCUUCUGGGCUUCCUCAAAUAUUUUGCAGUAGAAUUUGACUGGAGCAAAGACAUCAUUUCAUUGCGAGAAGCCAAAGCCCUUCCAAGAACAGAUGACUAUGAGUGGAGAAACAAAUACAUCUGUGUAGAAGAGCCAUUUGAUGGAUCAAACACUGCUAGGGCUGUCUAUGAGAAGCAGAAGUUUGACCUGAUUCGGGCAGAAUUUUUAAAGGCAUGGGUAGCACUGAGGGACAACAGAGAUCUGUACAGCUUGCUGCCUGUCAAAGGAAUCAUGAAAAAAAUGCACUCGUUAUGAACUGGAAUCUGCAGAGAAAUACAGGCCUUUUACACUGCAGUGUGAUCUCCGACACUUCCCUUGUGUUGGGCACUUAUGUCUGUGUCCAGUAUAUUUUUAUUGUGUCACGUUCAUGUCCUGUGUUCAUCUGUAAUGGAGAAAUGCUAAAACGUUGCUUUUUGUUUAUAUACAAACAUUGAAUCAUUUCUGUGUUUUUUUUUGUUUGUUUGUUUUUUUUUUUUUUUUUACUUUAUGGUUGUGUGCUAUGGUAUAAUUGCACUACACUGACUAAUCACAUUUAUUCAUGUUCCAGCCCAACAGAAACGGCUACUGAAACCUAUUUAUUCCUUAUCCAGGUGAAAAGGUAAUUAGAAUAUACAUUAGAGCUUGAAAUACGUUUGCUUCGAUAGCUGCUCUUACCGUUAAUUGAAUUAUAAAGCUUUGUUCCAGGAAAAUGAUGGCAGUAGGAUCGAUUUAGCAUUGAUCUUGACAGGCUUGGAUAAGGAGGCGUGGGACUCAGGGUAUAUUGAAUGUCAUUAAUACAAUCUGCAUAAAAGGCACAGCAUUUUUUUAAUGAUGAUCGGCACAGAAAAACAUAAAACUUGCUAUGUCACACCUCACCUGAUGUGGUGUAUCAAUUAUUGCUGUUGGAUCAAUUUCUUUAUAAAAACAACGUAUAAUGAAUAAUUCUGUCACCAGAAAAGGUUUUUAAUGUUUGAAAGAGACAAAUCAAAACCUCUCAUUCCUUUUUAAGGCCUCUCUUAAAUUUUGCUUUUGACCUGUUAUGGCACAACCUGGUGUCUGGGUCACACUUGUGUUGCAGAGAGACCUGUGUUAUCAAUUUCUUGAGAUUUUUUGUUUCCUCUGUUUUUUUGUUUUGUUUUUUUGUUUGUUUUUUUUAACAUUGAGUAAUGUAAUUUGUUCUGUGUUUUCUUUUGUAUGGUGUUGAAUGGAAUAAAAUGUAUGUACAAGAAAA